AUGUCAGAGGAUGGGGAAGUAAGCCCAAGUAAGCCUUUGGGCUCCGCCCAGAUAGAUGAGGAAUACAUACAAAGCGAAAUAGAUAAGCUAAAUGUGGAGGAACUAGUUCAGCCGGAACAAAAUAAUGCUCUUAAGAGAGUAAUAAGAACAGACAGAAAAAUUGUUACCUACUUAGAUAGCAAAAUAAGUACUCUCCACAAAUCAUGCCAGUAUGGCACACAGGUAUCCAAGAUUAUUAAUUUCAAGGCGGAGGGACUUAGCAGCAUUUCUCUGAAGGAGAAGUUGAAGCUAAUUCUGGAGAGUCUCUCAGGGGAAUUUUCUGACGAGGGGCGCAGAGAAAUGAAAUAUGUGAAUCAAGGGAAAGAAGAAAUUGAUGCGUUGGCGGACGAACCGGGGGAGAGUUCACCAGAUGGACGAGCGAAGCAGCUAAGCUUCACAAAGCUCUCCAAACAUUUCAGCGUAGACACACUCCCUUUCUGUUCUAUUAAUUACGAUACCAUCCCACUGAGCCUCUUCCUGGAUAACCAAAACACAUUCUGUUUGCAAAGGAAAGAACAAAAAAGAACACAGAGCAGGUCCAAACACACUCUCGGAAAUACCAGCUACAGAAAGUUAAGGGAGUUCACACAUGAGAACGAGCCGGAAAUCAAACUGGAAACUUAUGAGCAGUCAAUGAGGUUAAAAGAGAAAUUAGAACAACUUGAAAAAAAAAAAGAAAACAUUCCUUUUCUAAAAUUUAUUAUCGAUUGUGAUCCUGUCAAUGGGUUUAAUGAAACGACCUUCCGUCUCUUCCUCGUGACUCUCCUGGUUUCCAAGGGGCACAUUGAAUUUUAUAGGGAUGCCAACAAAGUGCUCUGCAUCCGAACGAGUAACCUGUUUAGGCACACCGAGGAGAGGCCCAAUGGUGAUGACGCCGACAGACACGAUGACCAUGAUGGUAACCAUGACGGAAGUAGAUACUCAGCGCGCCACAGGGGGGAGACACUCCCUCCAAGGAAAAAUCAGGCCCUCCUAACUGCCUGGUCAUAUGAAAAGUGGGAAAAGCUCGUCAAGCGCCUGGCGCCACACCGCUGA